UGCUGCCAGCAGAACUAGAUCAGGUUGCAAAUAUUGAUAGAGAGGCUGUUCAGCUAAUAAGCAGAGGUAAUUAUCUCUUUUAAUUCAACAUUUUUAUGGGAAAUGUGACAAAGGACUUCAAUGUUACUAAAGAUUGUCAAUGAACAAGAGUGCUGAGGGAGUUCAGAAGAUGGGGAUACAAAGCCUUUUUUCACAUUGGGAAAUUGUUAGAUACCUUUGUUUACGCCCAGCAACGGAGGACAAACUGAGGACAGAGUGAUUCAGUCAAAGAGAAGAAAAUACACACAUUUGUCAUGGUUUUGUUCUUUGUGGGGACCAAUUGACCACAGUUGCAUUGCACGUUUGUGCGAUGUAUGUAGGAAGAACUCGCUGACUGACAACAACAGAGGAAGGAAAGAUAGCAGAUAUAGAGCUCAAUGAUGAAGAAAUUCAAAGGGUUUCUGUGUCUGUGGCUCAAAAGGAUGGAGUGGUUCUACCCUUAGGAAUCACAGAGGGAGAGACCAGCUCUGGUGGCUUAAACUCGGAGGGAGAAUGAUGCUUCAGAUUGGUUAGCUGGGAUAUGAGCCAGGAGGACACUGUGUUUCAGCUCUAAAGUGGGGUAGAAGAAGAACCAGGUGGAUAAUAUAAGGGAGUGGUCGGCCGAGGGUACAACAACCCACACAGCACACCUUUUCCCUGGCUAUGACCGGCUGAGAUGGGGCUCUGGCAGUGACACCACUGGAAAGGACCUCUGAGUGAUCACACAUUGGGACAUCCGGGACCUCCCACCUACUCCCGACUCUGCAUUCCGGGCCUACGUGGCCAGCAUGAGUGUGGGGCGUGUCAACCGUUACAGCAUUGUGUCAUCCGAGGAGGAGGCGCUGCGGCUCACCAACAUGCACGGCGGCAGCAGUGGUGGAAUGAAUGGCUUUGGCAACGGCAAAAUCCACACACGCCGCAAGGUCCGCAACCGCUUCGUCAAGAAGAAUGGCCAGUGCAAUGUGCAGUUCGCCAACAUGGAGGACAAGUCAUCGCGCUACAUGGCCGAUAUGUUCACCACGUGCGUGGACAUCCGUUGGCGCUACAUGCUGGUGCUGUUCACGCUGGUGUUCGUGCUGUCUUGGCUGGCCUUUGGCCUGGCCUUCUGGGUCAUAGCGUUACUCCACGGCGACCUUGACAACCCGGCUGGAGACGACAACUUCACGCCCUGCGUUCUGCAAGUCAACGGCUUCGUGGCCGCCUUCCUGUUCUCCAUCGAAACCCAGUCGACCAUCGGCUACGGCUACCGCUGCGUGACGGAGGAGUGUCCUGUCGCAGUCUUCAUGGUGGUCUUCCAGUCCAUCGUGGGCUGCAUCAUUGACUGCUUCAUGAUUGGCGCCAUCAUGGCCAAGAUGGCACGGCCCAAGAAGCGGGCACAGACGCUGCUGUUCAGCCACAACGCAGUGAUCGCCAUGCGCGACAGCAAGCUGUGCCUCAUGUGGAGGGUGGGGAACCUGAGGAAGAGUCACAUUGUAGAGGCCCAUGUCAGAGCUCAGCUCAUCAAACCCCGGAUCACUGACGAAGGGGAGUACAUCCCCUUGGACCAAAUAGACAUCAAUGUGGGCUUUGACAAAGGCCUGGACAGGAUUUUCUUGGUGUCGCCCAUUACGAUUAUCCAUGAGAUUGAUGAGGAUAGUCCACUCUAUGGGAUUGGUAAAAAUGACCUGGAGACGGCAGACUUUGAGAUCGUGGUCAUACUGGAGGGUAUGGUCGAGGCGACUGCCAUGACCACACAGGCGCGCAGCUCCUACCUGGCCACGGAGGUGCUGUGGGGUCACCGGUUCGAGCCGGUGCUCUUCGAGGAGAAGAACCUGUACAAGGUGGAUUACUCUCACUUUCAUAAGACCUACGAGGUACCGUCCACCCCGCGCUGCAGUGCCAAGGACAUGGUGGAGAACAAAUUCCUGGUGCCCACCUCCAACUCCUUCUGUUACGAGAAUGAGCUGGCCUUCCUCAGCCGGGACGAGGACGAGGAAGAGGAUGUGGUGGGCGUGGGCGUGGGCGGUGGUGUCAGAGUGCUGGCCAACCUGAACAGUCCGGACCGGACCAGUCGACACGAGUUCGAGAGGAUACAGACCACUAGGGGACUGGACCAAAGGUCGUACCGCAGGGAGUCAGAGAUAUGACCCCUGCCCUUGUACCUACCCGGGGUCAACUUUUGAUACGUUUUCUUUCCUUCCAAGGGUAAAAAUGCAGAACAAUGCAAAGUGCCAUAGGAAAAGUUGACUACUGUAAUAGGUUGGAAAGAAAAUAAGGGGACAGUGAAAGGGAAAGAGGGAUACUGUUUGGAAGGAAAAGGUGAAAGCAAGAGUACGCAGCUCGCAAAACUGUGGUAGAGAAUGUCGUCAACAAAAGGAAAAGGCCUGUGAAGGACCUUAAUUCCUUCAUGGAAACUUGAAUAUUUUUUUCAUAAUGUCAUUUGAGUUUCAAUGAUGCAUCGAACAGGUAUAAUGACAAGACCUAAUAAUCCGAUACUAGGUGUUCAUAUUAUUGCUUAGAUAAGUUGUUUUGUGUGGAGUACCGUUUUUCAAAAAACGUACUUUAAAAAAUAUUUUUGCUAUUUCAACUUGCUGUUGGGCACAAAUGAUAGUGUUACAGUUUAAAGCUACCCAUACGCUUCCCACAUUGCUGGAAUUCCCAAUCGCUGUAACGGAGUUCGAUGACACUCGAUGACAAUUCCUGUAAAAGUGUACUGCAGCAUUCAGAAGCAAUGAACCAUGCUAAAUCAUUUAACCAUCCACGAGCCAUUGAAGCACAACGUAGUUUCACAACUUUAAUUUGAACCAGUUGUGAUGAAUACAUAUAAUUUGCACUAUUAGCCAAAUUUAGGAGUAGGCCCAAUAGUAAUGCAGUAAAUUCAUUUAGAAUGGGCAGGGGGGGGAAACAUCUCAAAAUUCUCUAGAAAGAAAAUAAAUUGAAUUGAUAAUUUUGAUACCGCCUUGAUUAAAACAUUAAAAUAACACAGGAUUAUUCUGACCUCAAUGAAAUUUGAAGCAACUAUAGGGAAAAAAUAUCAUUACAUUUCUUUUUUUCUCUCUUUUUUUAUUCUCUUUAAAACAAAUCUAUGCACAUCAUUAAUGAUAUCAAGGGACAGAAACUGAAUGGAUUUCCGUAGAAGAUGUUAUGAUGUCGUCCAAUCAACAUUGCAUAAUUCUACAAAGAGAACCGGUUUGAUGAAUGUGUGUCUGAACUCAAUGAGGAUUGAGGGCCUUCACAUGUAUAAAGUGUUUCCCCUCUAAUAUCUUUAUAAGUAAAGAGCAGUUAUUGUAUGCUAUCAAAUCCCUUUUGAUAGAAAAGUUCAAAUAGUAUGCAGAAAGAAUGGUACUUUACCAGGUAAAUUGAUGUUUGUUAAAGGAAUACUCCACUCAUGAUGAUGGUGUAAGUGACAAUUUGCUUUUUGAAAGUCCUACAUCUUGAAAACUUGCUGACAUUUUCGGACUAUAUCGACAAUGGACUAAUGAAAAAAAUACUAAAUAUUAGUUUAAAAUAGUGUAUUAUUCCUUCAAGCUUUGCUUUGCUGGAACUGUCAUCAAUAUUUUCCUAAUGGUCUACACAGGGUAUGCAUGUGGGGCAAGGUUAAAAUUUGUAAAAUGAUUAAUCCCGUGUUUUUAGAAACAUACUGUAAGAGCAAGCUAUAAACCCCUAUUAAGCACGAGAAACUAUCUGUGAUAUGUUGAAAAAAGUCCUUAGUUGAUUUGAUUCAAUUACAUCUCAGAAGCAAUAGGCUUACAUGAUCAGGUGGACAGACAAUAUGAAAAGCAAUAAUACUGAAAUGUACCUCCAUGUUAUGUACAAAACAUAAAUGGUGAAUGGCACAGAGCUAAAUUUGGCUAUCAUGAGUCGAUUUGUGGAACCCGCUUGGCUAGUCUGGUGACUCCAUUCUCUCGUGGUGCACCUGUUUUAUAACUGGCACCACACUUAUCUCUCUGACAGUGAUGUUUUGAGUCUCGAGGAGCGCUUUCACCAAAACAUCAUGUAUAGACAUCUUUCGUCCUUCAUUUACUGGAGUGAUCUUCAAAGUUCAAUAACUCAAGAAGUAGCUGAGCAGCUGAGUUAAGUUGGGUUCGGAACAACAUUAUAUACAUUAUAUUAAGAAUGAGUACAAUAACAAAAAAUAUUUGUAAGGUGUGUUGCUAUGAUAUGGAAGCCUAAAGGUACCAAAACUCAAUUUAAAAUGCAAAUUGGAAUGGAAGUAACAAAAGGAGUCAUAAAUAGGAAAUGUGUCUUGAAUGUUAAUAAUCUAGGUUAAACUUCAUGCGCAAAAUCAAGCAAAAAAAUUCUAAAUUCAAACCAAAUAAAUGUCAUAUUUUAGUAUCUACAGAUUUGUUUUUGUCUUAGUUACAUAUACUGACUAGUUUGUCAUUUAUCAGUAUCUAGGUAAAGCAAGAAAACUAAGGUGCAUGACAGACUAAUUUUAAUCUUUGGCAUGAAUCGUAGCAUAUGAAAUGUAUACCUUGAAUUUAUGCCUACCCAUAAUGCACUGCUCUACUAAAUAGCACACAAUAUAUUAUGCUGUGUCAUGAAAUCAUUGAAAUCCUCAUUGAAAUGUGCAGUUCAUGUCCCCUAAAAUACUACUUUUCCUCUUCCACCAAAAUAACUGUCCUUGUAUCUAAGAAAGGGGGAAGUAGGAGGUAUAGUACUGUAAGACUAGCACAAGAAGAAACACCAUGAUGGUCAUUCAGCUGGCGACAAUGACUGAUAUUUUCCUAGUGGUCCUUUCAUCCCAGGGGUAUCCUUUGCCCUAAAUAAUUAUACAUAAUGUGUUGCUUUUUAGAACUUUUAGGCUAAGAGAGAUUUUUGGGGAGAUAAAUGAAUCCUUUUUGUCCCAAUCCUAGACUUUAUGCUCAUUGCCUUCUGGGAAGGCUCUGGUAUCCUAAUGUGUGACACCUUUGUACCUACUUAUAAUGUUUCGGUGGUAUCCAUGGUAAAGCAUCAUCAGUUUCUAUGCUGCGUCAUCGGAAUGCAAAAUUCCAUCAUGCCUUUUUCUUUUUUAUCUGAAGAAGUUUUAAUAUUACCCAACCUGACUCCAUGAAAACAGAUAAUGCACUAGCUGUACACAACAUCAAUACACUAUAUUAGGCAACAGCUAAAUACACACAAAUCAACACAUCUGUUUUAAAAGUAAGUUAUUUUUAAAUGACAGUAUUUCAUUGAGAUACAUUAGAAUAAAAUCAUCCAUAUUUAUCGAUUUUUGUACCAGAAGAAAAUCUGAAGAAAUCACAAAGAAAGAGGCAAACAUAGAUUUAUUGCCUCAGGUUAUCAAUGAUUUGAUUUUGUUUCAUUUCAGCACAGAAGCUUAUGAUUAAACAGGUAUUUCUCUUAAAGGGAUGAUUGGAAAACCUUUGACCUCUGUAGAAGUCUUCCUAUGGCCCAGGUGAAGAAACGUGCCCUGGGCUUUUAUUUUAAUGCAAAGUCAAUUAAAUUAUUCGAUUAAAACCUAAUUGUAAAUGAAAACGGGUUGGAGUGCAUAUUUUGUUAAAUUUGCUUACUUCAUGUAUUUAUCAUUGUAAAACUGAAAACAUUGGUAUUACAUUACAGUAGUAGCCCACAACACAACAGCUGCUGUGAAUUAACGUAAUAUUCCAGCAUUUUGUUUCUCCCACCUAGCAAAUUUCUGUGUUGCGAAUCAACACUAAACACAGGUGGUACUCAUAAGGCCUGACUAAUCAAUCGACCAACUCACAGAGAGCUGUAUCAUGAUGACAAAUGUGAUCAGACUGAGAUCACAGAUCAACAUCUGUGUUGCCAAGGUGACCAGAUGCCUCUCUGGUCUAUGGACAAUUAUUCGAUCCAGUCGUUCAAUAAAUCACUGUGACAUACACUCACACAAACAGCCUGGCGGGUUCAGGAGCCUUUUGGGACCCCAUGGACCAGAACUGGAGGACAAUCAGAGACAGGUGUAGAGAGAGAGAUCAAUGGAGGAAACGACUAGAUGCAUCAUCAUUACUCUACUGACAAAAUAAUAGAGAAAAUGUUGGUUAUAUUUCUAAUACUCGUUUCAAUGUCUCACUUCUGGGAUUCUCUCUAGCAGAUCACGAACUUGACAAACCAAUCACACAACGUCACACGGCUAGCUAUCGAGACUUGGUUAGCCCAUGCAGCAAGGCUUUAGCUAACUUGGCUAGCUAGCUGGAAAGCUAGCUAACCACACCCAAGGGCUAGUUCUUGCUGCAAGGCCAGAUCAACCCACGUUCACCCGUGCCGAGUUGAUUAAACUGACUACCCUAGAUUUACAGCUCGACGGUCGAGAGACACACUUUGUUUGUCGAGACACAAAGAACACACACACUUUCUCCAGCUAGCAUUGUGCUAACUAGUUAGGCUGUUAGCCGAAAGGCAAGGAAAACUAUUUUCUCGAGGAAAACUAUUUUCUCUGAGCCAUGGAGCCUUCUACCCCUGCACAGGGAGAACCGAGCAGGACUCUUGCCCCACUACUGUCACACUUGUAUCCGUGUGGGGCUAUGCUAUCAGGCAAGGACACACACUCUUUGUGUAUCAUCUGCCUGGGGGCAGAGCAUGCUGAAGUAUCACUCGGUAACUCCUAGUCCUGUGUGCACUGUAGGGACUUUCAUAAGCCCGCCCUUAAGCCAAGACUGCAUAGAUCAAACCCUUCACGGGUCCCAUCGUCCUCACAGCCUGCGGGUGAGGAGGCUACCCCGCAACUUCAACCCUCAUGGGCUGAGGUGGAGGAGGCUUACCCGAGGACCUCCAACCGUUGUUCGAUUGCUCUACAGUGGAGGAAGAAGAAGGGUACCUCAUCAAUGAGUUCGAUAGGACUGGCCUUCGAUACCCGAUGACCGAUUCAGGCUUAUCGAAGUCUGCAGACUGGCAGCGGCCAUACUCAAUAUUGAGUGGCACACACCCGUGGGGGGUGGCAGUGCAAAAGGGGAUUGAUACGACAGGAGGAGUCUCCCCUCUCGCACCGUCUCAGGAAAUAAACUUCUCCCAGCUGUCCCAGCUUGCGUGGAGGAAGCCCAGCGCAACUGGGGCAAGCCCUUGUCCACUAAAGUCCAGACCAGGACAUCCCUUGGUAGUUGAGCAGGCGCUGGCCAACCACACCAACCCCAGUGCAACGUCACAGACCGGCACUUUUCUGAAUCUAUCUUCAAGAAGAACAUAAUGUCCCUACUGUUGGCUUAUCAGGCAGAUUUGCCGCUGGUACUGCCAAACAGAACCUAUGAGAGGAGAUCUGCGUCAUUGCCGAUCUCAACGUCUGUGCCUCCAGAGGACGUGUCAUGAGCCAAGCUGUGGUGGGGGAGAGAGCCCUGCAAGUGUGGGAACGUCUCUCAUCUAAUUGGAUAGCGGAGGCUAUUAUAUUUGCUUAUAAUAGCAAGAGUUUACAGCCCUGGAGGGACUGAAGGCUAAUUCCACCAGAGGUGGGCAAUGUUCAAAGUAGAGGUCGACCGAUUAAUCGGAAUGGCCAGUUAAUUAGGGCCGAUUUCAAGUUUUCAUAACAAUCGGUAAUCUGCAUUUUUGGACACCGAUCAUGGCCGAUUACAUUGCACUCCACGAGGAAACUGCGUGGCAGGCUGACUAUCUGUUAUGCGAGUGCAGCAAGAAGCCCAGGUAAGGCGCUAGCUAGCAUUAAACGUAUCUUAUAAAACUAGUUAACUACACAUGGUUGAUGAUAUUACUAGUUUAUCUAGCUUGUCCUGCGUUGCAUAUAAUCAAUGCAGUGCCUGUUAAUUUAUCAUUGAAUCACAGCCUACUUCGCCAAACGGAUGAUUUAACAAGCGCAUUCGCGAAAAAAAACACUGUUGUUGCACCAAUGUGUACCUAACCAUAAACAUCAAUGCCUUUCUUAAAAUCAAAACACAAGUAUAUAUUUUUAAACCUGCAUAUUUAGUUAAUAUUGCAUGCUAACAUGAAUUUAUUUUAACUAGGGAAAUUGUGACACUUCUCUUGCAUUCUGUGCAACAGAGUCAGGGUAUAUGCAGCAGUUUGGGCCGCCUGGCUCGUUGCGAACUGUGUGAAGACUAUUUCUUCCUAACAAAGAAAGCCAACUUCACCAAACAGGGGAUGAUUUAACAAAAGCGCAUUUGCGAAAAAAGCACAAUUGUUGCACGAAUGUACCUAACCAUAAACAUCAAUGCCUUUCUUAAAAUCAAUACACAGAAGUAUAUUUUUUUAACCUGCAUAUUUAGUUCAAAGAAAUUCAUGUCAGCAGGCCAUAUUAAACUAGGGAAAUUGUGUCACUUCUCUUGUGUUCAUUGCACGCAGAGUCAGGGUAUAUGCAACAGUUUGGGCCGCCUGGCUCGUUGCGAACUAAUUUGCCAGAAUUUUACGUAAUUAUGACUUAACAUUGAAGGUUGUGAAAUGUAACAGCAAUAUUUAGACUUAUGGAUGCCACCCGUUAGAUAAAAUGCGGAAUGGUUCCGUAUUUCACUGAAAGAAUAAAUGUUUUGUUUUCGAAAUGAUAGGUCAUUAAUAUGGUCAAAUCCGUAAACUAAGGCUUGUAUUUCUGUGUGUUAUUAUAUUACAAUUAAGUCUAUGAUUUGAUAGAGCAGUCUGACUGAGCGGUGGUAGGCAGCAGCAGGCUCGUAAACAUUCAUUCAAACAGCACUUUAUUGCGUUUGCCAGCAGCUCUUCACAAUGCUUCAAGCAUUGCGCUGUUUAUGACUUCAAGCCUAUCAACUCCCGAGAUUAGGCUGGCAAUACUAAAGUACCUAUUAGAACAUGCAAUAGUCAAAGGUAUAUGAAAUACAAAUGGUAUAGAGAGAAAUAGUCCUAUAAUAACUACAACCUAACACUUCUUACCUGGGAAUAUUGAAGACUCAUGUUAAAAGGAACCACCAGCUUUUAUAUGUUAUCAGGUUCUGAGCAAGGAACUAAAACGUUAGCUUUUUUACAUGGCACAUAUUGCACUUUUACUUUCUUCUGCAUUAUUUAAACCAAAUUGAACAUGUUUCAUUAUUUACUUGAGACUAAAUUGAUUUUAUUGAUGUAUUAUAUUACGUUAAAAUAAAGUGUUCAUUGUUCAUUCAG